UCACUCGCUGUUUUAGCGCGAGCGAUGGCAUGUGCAGGCUGUUCAGGUGGAGUCACAUUAGCGGAGACAAAGCAGAGGAGGCUCCUCACGCACUUUUAUUUCCCACACCGCCACACUGGAAUUAUGGUUAUCGUGGAGAAGUUGUGAAACAAGAAUGGUGAGCUUUGACCUUGACCUACCUCUACACGGAUCUCAUGAAGCCUUAAAGUCGGUGUGGAAGCUGAGCUCGCAGUGCUGGCCCGGUUCGGUCACAGAGGGAGUCCUCUCCUCCUCCAGAGGCUGGCUGCGGCGCUUCCUCUUGCUCAAGCUGGUCACCGUGCUGCUCUUCCCCUGCGGCGAUGAGCUCCCCCUGCUGGUCGGCUGCGUGUUCAGCCUGCGGGCUCUGCAGCUGCUCCGCUCCCCUCACAUCUCCACCAAGCCGUCCGCCGUCUUCCUGCUCCAGCUGGCCCGGACGGACGCGCUAGUGCUGCUGCGCUGGCUCAUCCGGCUGGGACUGUCCAUGGGACUGUGGGCCGAGGAGGAGGCGGCGGGAGCGAGCCGGGCUCUGAGCGCGCUCAGCGAGCAGCUGCUCGAAGCCCAUCACCUGGCCUCGCUGCUCCUGCUGGGGCUGCUGGGGCUGGAGGCCACGCUGCUGUCCCACUGGCCGCUGCAGACCCGGAGGUUCAGGACUUCCCAGUGGGCCCGGCUGUGCUGCAGUCUGACCUGGGGGCUCGUGCUGCUGGAGCUCGUGUGUUUGCUACACGCGAGGCUCUCUGAGCGGCAGACGUACCUGUCGACGCUGCCCGCCGUCUCCCUGAGCCUGAGGAAGGUGCUGUGGUUCGUCAAUUCGUGGAUGCAUUACGCCAUUUACAGGUUUAGACCACAGAGAAGGACGAGCUCGUUUCAUUAAGAGCUUCUAGAAACUCAAAGUGUUUCCACUCUGCUAAAACACUAAAUCUUACAAAGUACUUUGUGGUCUGUUUUUUUUUUUCUUUAGUUCAAACACUUGAAAUAAGACCAAACUAACUUACAAUUAAAAUUAAGUCAGCUUAAUUGGACCCCUCAAACUUGCGUAAGGUCCCCCUCCCCAUCUUCCUGUUGGAGGGCAAAAAGCUGCCCCGAAACAAUGGCUGCCAUUGGUUUUAGCUGUUGUCAAUAUAACGUGCUAAAUCUUCAAUGGACGCCUGAUAUAUAAAAGGGACACAGUGCUUUUCUACACUAUGACGACUAGAUAACAAGGUCAGUAAAACGUUUUCAUUAAGAAAAGAAAACAGUAGGGGGGAGAGUGAAGUAGUCCAGCUACUUUAGCGUGACUUUGACAACCUUGACAUGUAGAUGUGCUGCAGUUCGGUGUGUUUCGAUUCAGUAAAAAAUAAAAAAAUAAAGAAAAAGGCGACCCACACACACCAACUGUGUGGAGCAACACCAACACCUCAGUGGAGCAGGUGUUUCAAUCAACCACCGCUGUGUUGUUAGCUAAUAGCAGCUAUUAGCUAUUAGCUGCUAUAGGUGGGAGCUAAUCCACCAGCUAUCACUUGUUAAUAAUCGCAAAAUAAGCAUCAAGCCUAAACACAUUAAACUGUAACAGACUGAAUGUUCAGAAAUGUUAAAUGUUCUUCUUGGUGUUAAAUCCUGAAACAUGUUAGUUGCUAUGGCAACGGGUCUGCGUGUGGCCUAGCCGACACAGACAGCGAGGGGGGAAAAGUUGUUCUUUAACGGUUUUCCUGCGCUAGUUUUUCCUUUGCCGCCGCCCGCUGCACUAAAUGAAUAACACCAACAUCUCCAGGUUUCAUUUAGUUAACGGAGCUGCUCGGCUAUGGGUGGCAUGUUAAAAGAAUCGUCUUUUUGCCCUCCAGCGUUGUACGCAUGCGCGACACUUCCGGACACGCGUACAAACCAUAACAUGGAGGGGCUCCACUGGAGCUGGAUUAGAUUUUUAACAAAGUGCUAAUUCCGUUGGGAGAUAAAUUUUCCCCGUGUUAUAAGAUACUUGCACUAAAACUAGACCAGAAAUGCUUGAUUUCGUGUUUUUGCAGAGCAUUUUAUUUAUAUACUAUAAUUAUGUUGAUUUUAUAGUCAAAUAGUGUUUUCAGAUGUUUUGAAGCCUAUCCUAUUUUUUUUUUUGUUGUUGUUUAAAGCGUCUCUUAAAUUCAUUCCUUAGUGUUAAGACGAAUGAAAAAUCUUUUAAGAUUUUAUUGGCCCAAAUAAAUAGGCAGUAAUGUCUCUCUAAAAGUUUCUUAUGAUGAUUGUAGUUUCUUUAAAUAAAAAAAAUAAAAAGAGCUUAGCUUAUUGUAAAGGUCAUCUAAAGAUACGACGAGCCAUUUCCUGCUUACGUUUUAAAUUUCCUGUUUGUCCAGGAUCCAGCAUUGAACCCAGGUUUGUUUUGUUCUCUUACGCAGAAGAUUAUUAAAUUAUUUUUUGCCAAAUUGUAGAUUUUUAGCCCUCUGGCAAACUCUUUUCCCAGAACUCUCCUUAGGAUAUUUUUUAAUUUAUAACCAGUUACUUGAAUUUCCCCGCUGGGGGACAAUUAAGAGUAUUUCUAUUCUGUUCUUACCUACUUGACUAAGAAUGCAUGACUUAAUGAAUGUAAAAGCAUUUAUAAUUUAUUCCUCAUAUUGUGUUUUGGGAAAUUCGCCCUAAAUCUUUAUGUAUUUUGAACAAACGUGUCUUCUUCUUCCAGUCAAAGGUCUCGAUGAAAUAUUACAUCUUGUCCAUUUGGAAGGUUAUCUUACUUUACGAUGGGAUAAAGGGUAAAGAUGCUCAUGUAUUUAUUUCCUCUUGCUCUGUUUAAUGAACAUGGCAGAAAUGAUGCUGUCACAAUUUGUAAUUGAAGAUAUGUGUGUUUUUUUAAAUAAUGCUGAGUGAAUAAAAAGACAUUGUGAGAUGAAUUAUGCACAUAACAGCAGGUUUUAUAACGAAACCUUCAAUAAACCACCUAGAAAAACA